AGCGCCCACCUCGACAAGGCCUCCAUCAUGCGUCUCACCAUCAGCUACCUGCGCGUCCACCGCCUCCUCGCCGCUGGCGCCUGGGCGGCAGCAGCGGAGGAGGUGGAUGGGUGCUACCUGAAGGCGCUGAGCGGCUUCGUGAUGGUGCUGAGCGAGGCGGGGGACAUGAUCUUCCUCUCUGAGAACGUCAACCGGCUCCUGGGACUCAGCCAGCUGGAGCUGAUCGGCCACAGCGUCUUUGACUUUGUGCACCCCUGUGACCACGAGGAACUGCAGGACGUGCUCAGCCCCCGGCAGGCAGUGCCACGGCGGCGGGGGGAGCGCUCGGGGUGCAGCUUCUCCCUGCGGAUGAAGAGCACCCUGACGGGACGCGGGCGCUGCCUCAACCUGAAGGCAGCCUCCUGGAAGGUGCUGCACUGUGCGGGGCACAUGCGGUCGUAUGCGGGGGCUGGGGGGGGCGACCCCCCCCUGCGCUGCCUGGUGCUGAUCUGCGAGGCCAUCCCCCAUCCGGGGGCCAUCGAGACCCCCCUAGGCUCCGGCACCGUCCUUAGCCGCCACUCCAUGGACAUGAAGUUCACCUACUGCGAUGACAGGAUCGGGGAGGUGGCGGGGUACACCCCUGAGGAGCUGCUCGGCUGCUCCCUCUACGAGUACGUCCAUGCUCUCGACUCCGACACCCUCAGCAGGAGCGUGCACACCCGUGAGUGCCCCCAACCCCCCCCGGCACCCCAAGAUCCAUCUGGGAACCCCAAGAUCCUCUUGGGAACCCCAGGAUUCCCCCUACACCCCAGUAUCUUCCUCGGAACCCCAAUAACCCCCCAUGAACCACAACAUCACUCCUGCACCCUGAGCACCCCUGUGUCCUCCUGGGUCAUCCCUGGGCACCGCGACAUCCCCCUGGGCACCCCAACAUCCCCCCCAGCAUCCCUGAACACCCCAAUAUCCCCCUGGGGCACCCCUGGACACUCUCCCCCCCGGCACCCUGCCCCCCCCCCCCCCCCCGGGUCACCCGUGGGGUGCUGGCACCCCGCAGUGCUGAGCAAGGGACAGGCAGUGACGAGCCAGUACCGGUUCCUGGCCAAGCGCGGGGGGUUCCUGUGGGCGCAGACCCAGGCCACCGUCAUCGCCAACAGCCGCAGCGCCCAGCCCGAGGGCAUCGUCUGCCUCCACUUCGUCCUCAGCCGCGUGGAGCAGCGGGGGGUGGUGCUGUCGCUGGAGCAGACCCAACGCCAGGGUGAGGGGCGCCGCCUGCCCCCCCCCGCCCCCGGCCCUGACACCCCCGACGCCGUCCUCAACCUCAGCCUCGGGGUGGGGGGCCCGCGGGUGCUGGCUUUUGUGCGCCCAGCCCACGUCCCUGAGGCAGUGCUGCAGCGGGACCCCCGGCGUUUCUGCUCCCCCGAACUCGCCCGCCUCCUCGCCCCCAUCUUCGACCCCCCCCCCAGUGCCCCCCCGCCGCCGCCCCCGCAGCCCCUCUCCACCCCCUGGGGACGAGCUGCUGUUCGAGGUGCAGAAGCUUUUCGCGGGGAGCCCGGGGCCUGGCACGGCCCUGCAGGCGUCCCCCCUGGACCUGGCCAUGCUGGCCCCCUACAUCCCCAUGGACGGCGACUUCCAGCUGGGCGGGGCCGAGGCGCCGCGGGGGCGGGGCCCGCGCCCACCGGGCUCCGCCUCCGCGGCCGCGGCCCCGCCCCUGCGCCCCCGCGCCCGCAGCUUUCCCGGGCGCGGCUCCGCCCCCUCCCGCCGCGGCCCCGCCCUCCCGCGGUGGGGCAGCGACCCCGCCCUCGGCCCCGCCCUGACGCCUCGCCCUGCGAGGAAGAGGGCCUGCUGCUGAGUGGGGAGGACCCCCCGGGACUGAGCCCCCACCUGGGGCAGGAGCAGCCCCUUGCGCUGCUGGCUGCUGGCCUGGCCCUGCCAGGGGCCCCCUCGCACCCCCUCCGGCUGCCCCCCCCAGGAGGAGACCAGGGGGCGCCCAGGAGGGCCCCCCCAGGUCACACGUCUGGAGAGCAACUGAGGGGGGGGGCCACAUGUGGAAGGGGCCCCCCCAAAACCAGCAGCUGGUCCAAACCACCGACUCCCCCCUGACCUUGAUGGGGACCCCAAAACACAGCCCCCCUCCAAAAAAAAACCAAGGAGGAGGGGGGGCCCAAAACACCACCCCCCUGAUACCCAAUGACGGAUG